GUGUCAAAGAAAGCGGGAACAGUUAAGUCCAGACAAGAAAUAGCUGCAAGUGCAGGUCUAUUGGCGACAACUGAACCCGGGUUCUCAACCCUACUGCGCUUUGGAUUCUACUCUAUACCAAAUAGAUACAGUUGUUGCCAAAGGUUUGCAAUCUGCUUUUAGGAAGGGAACGGCCCGACCAGGAGCUGACACAGGAAGACCUCAUCACUCUACCUUGCGUUUAGCACUCCAGUAACAAAGCUUCAAUUGUAUAUUUAAACCUUAUGACGAAUUAGCUGAGGGUGGUGGUGAUUUCCAUGUUUCACCAGACCCUCCCCAACCGCGGCCUAGCCCCAGCCCGAAAGCUUCACGGACAUGGUGGGCCUGGGCGUCUGCUGCUCCAUAUGUGACAGCGCCAAUAAAGCGGCGCUGGUAUGCCCAGCAUGCAUAAACAAUACGCUGCUCUACGAGCGGCGAAAGAUGCUGUUGGAGCUUAGCGAACGACGAGCGGAGCUUCUUGAGAAACUAAACAGCCUUAUUGGUCAACAGGCUGCCCAUGUGGAGCUGGAGGUGCGGCGGCGGCAGCUGGCGGCGGAGGCGGAGACCGCCCGGCAGCGCGUGCGGCGGGCGGAGGGGGCGCUGGAGCAGGCCAAGUCCGCCGCGGCGCUGCUGCGGACCCAGCUGGCCUGCCGUCGUGCUGCCACGGAGCGGGGUGUGGGCGAGGUGGCGGCGCGGCGGGCGGAGCAGCUGGCGCACCACCCCACCCUGUUGAGGUACCAGGCCCUCACCCACAGCCACGUGGCGGCCAUGCUGCUGAGCGAGCAGCGCUCCAAGCUGGCGGUGCUGCUGGACUGCCUGCCGCUGCGGGUGGCGGCAAUCAGGAACGUACACCCGCAGCAGGGGGGCGGAGGGGGGCUGGGGGUGGGGGGAGGGGGGGCAGCAGCGGCGGACAGAGGCGGAGGCGGAGGAGGGGCGGCAGCAGGCGGGUCGCCGAUACAGGUGACGAUCUGCAACCUGAAGCUGCCGGACGCCGCCUCCGUGACCUCCCUCAUGACUCAGCAACCCGAGUCCACCUCCUCCGCACUGGGCUACCUGCUGCUGCUGACUGAGCUGCUGUCCACCUACCUGGGGGGCCCGCUGCUGCACGAGGGCUCCUUCCAGGCGGCCACCAGUGUGGUGUGGCAGCAGCACUCCUUCUGGAACAGGCGGCCCAGCAGCAGCCUGGCGCGGCUGCCGCUGUUCCUGGAGGAGGG